CUGGGCCGGGAUUUUCUAUCCCUGAAGCAGGGCGGGUGAUUUAAAAAAAAAAUUUUUUUUAAAGAGCAAAUAUUUCUGGGCUAUAUAAAGGGGGUAGGAAAGGAGGAGGCUGUAACAAAAAAUCAAAAGCAGGAAAGCAGGGCUCAGUGGAGCAGCACUGUCCUGGCAGCCCCAGGGCAAACUUCUAAUAUCACCCCCCCACCCCCUCUUUGUCAGAGAUUUAAGUGGGUGAUCCCAGAAUUGAUUGGCCAUACUGUUGUAACAGUAUUAAUGCUUAUUUCUUUGCACUGGUUCAUCUUCCUCCUUAACUUCCCUGUAGCAACCUGGAAUAUAUAUCGGUACAUCAUGGUGCCAAGUGGGAACAUGGGAGUGUUUGACCCUACAGAGAUCCAUAAUCGAGGGCAACUGAAAUCACAUAUGAAGGAAGCCAUGAUUAAGUUAGGCUUUCACCUGCUUUGUUUCUUCAUGUACCUUUACAGUAUGAUCCUGGCUUUGAUAAAUGACUGAGGAGCUGAAUGGGAACCAUUAGUUGCCAAAUUUUGAAUCAUCACUCCUGUGACCAGUUAUGGAGCCAGAGACACCUUCCAAGCAUACCUAGACCAGUGUUGUCAUGCACUAUAUUUUUUCCUCUUUGAACAAAAAAUAUUUUUGCUGUAUUUUUAACAUAAAAUAUUUAAAAAAAAUAA